ACUCCGCCUCCUCCCAUUCAUGCCCGGCGCGGCCUCGCCCCAUUGGCCCUCCCCCGAGAGGGGGCGUGGCCGGCAGGAGCCCCGGGUCCCCAGUCGGAGCGGAGGCGCCAUGCGGAAAGGGCCUCGCCGGGGCCGCGCGGGGAUGGGGGUCCCGCAGGGCGGCCUGGAGCCCGGAGGCUUCGCCGCCGCGCGGAAGCGGAGCCUGGGGAGCAGCCGCCGCCUCUGGCUGGCCGGGCUGCUGGCCCUGGCCGCCGGCUCCCUGGCGGGGCUUUACCUGCUCUGGCAGGUGGGCGAGGACCCGGCCGUCCAGCCCCGGGAGGCGCCGCAGGAGGAGCUGAUCCCCGGCGCCCAGCUGAAGCACAAGCCCCAAAACCUGACUAGCGGUCAGCUGAAAGACCUGGCAUCGCAGGUCCAACUUCAGCGCCUUUGGCGUAGCUACCUGCAGCCCAUCCUGAUCGAGAGGUACUCUGGAAGCCCUGGCAACGAAAAAGUCCGGCAGUUCAUUGUGGAAAAGCUGAGGGAACUGGGCGCUUCCUGGCACAUAGAGGUGGACGCCUUCAAAGACCGGGCGCCGCACGGCGUUGUCGGCUUCGCCAAUGUGGUGGCUACGCUGGACCCCGAAGCCACCUGGCGCCUGGUGUUUGCCUGCCACUAUGACUCCAAAUACUUUCCCCACGACAAGCAUGGCCGGGCCUUCCUGGGGGCGACAGACUCAGCUGUGCCCUGUGCCAUCCUGAUGGAGCUGGUGACGGCGCUGGACGAGGAGCUGAAGAAAUCGAAGGAGAGGGGCUCCAAGGUGACGUUGCAGCUGCUGUUCUUCGACGGGGAGGAGGCCUUCCAGGAGUGGACGGAUCAGGACUCCUUGUAUGGCGCACGACAUUUGGCUGAUCGCAUGGCGAAGGCGCCACAUCGCCUGGGCCUCAGCCAGCUCCAGGCUAUCUCUCUCUUUGUUCUGCUGGACCUUUUGGGCGCCCGCCAGCCGACCAUCCAGAACCAUUUCCGCAACACAGCCCUCUGGUUUGAAAGGCUCGUUGGCCUUGAGAAGCGACUGCACCGGCUCGGCCUUCUGGAGUCUCACGCAAAGGAACAACUCUAUUUCCAGCAACGCUCCUACUAUGACCCCGUCGAAGACGACCACGCUCCCUUCCUCCGGAGAGGUGUUCCAGUCCUUCACCUCAUCACCACACCUUUCCCUGCAGUCUGGCACACCUUUGAGGACACAGAGGAGAACCUCCACCCGCCCACGGUGCUCAACCUCUGUAAGAUCUUGGCAGCUUUCCUGGCGGAAUAUCUGUGGCUUUAGGGGGAACAGACUCUCCUGCUGAGCCCUUUGGUUUUUGGUCAACCGAGAUGUGGAACGGCUGGAGGAUGCGCCACGUUUAAGAAACAGCACGGUCGCUUGCCAGGGACUCCGUCUGUGGCCCUUGCAGAAGUUGCGCUCGUGGUCCAAAGGGAUGUGGGGAGAGACAGGCUGGGGAACGGAAGGGUCUCAGACCUUGUGUCUUGGGGUAUUAAGCCUUCAGGCCCCUCAAGGAAUGUGGCUGGCCAGG